CGUCUGUUCCUGAGCGGGCGAUGCGGGAGGCUCCCCUCCGGUGAGCGGGGCUUGUAUUGUCUGUAAACCGGACAUAUUUGUGUACGAACGCUUCCUGGUCCAAGGUGCACGUCACCCCUCAGAUCCUACGAUGCGGUGCACAGGACUACUUCUGUUUCCACUUUUAAUAAGUCAUGCCGUUAAAGCGCUGGACAACGGGCUGGCCCUGACGCCCAUCAUGGGGUGGCUGCACUGGGCGAGGUUCAUGUGCAACGUCGACUGCGACGCCGACCCCGAUAACUGCAUCAGUGAGCGGUUGUUCAUGCAGAUGGCGGACGUGAUGGUGAAGGAGGGCUGGAGGGACGCCGGGUACGAGUACGUCUGCCUGGACGACUGCUGGCCGUCCCGCCGCCGUGACGCCUCUGGGGGGCUUCAGGCAGACCCCGCCAGGUUCCCAGGGGGCAUCAAGAAGCUGGCUGACUACGUGCACUCUAAAGGCCUGAAGCUGGGUAUCUACAGCGACGUCGGGGCAGAGACCUGUGCGGGAUACCCCGGGAGCCUGGGUCACUACGAGAAGGACGCCCAGACCUUUGCCGACUGGGGGGUGGAUCUCCUCAAAUUCGACGGCUGCAACAUGAAGUGGACUCGCCUGGCAGAAGGUUACAGGAACAUGUCCAGAGCCCUCAACGCUACUGGGAGCAGGAUGGUGUACUCCUGCGAGUGGCCAUUGUAUGAAUGGGAUUUCCACAAGCCAAACUACACGGCCGUCCGCGAGACGUGUAACCAGUGGCGGAACUACGCCGACGUCUACGACUCCUGGAGCAGCGUCAAGUCCAUCGCAGAGUGGACGGCUCUGCACCAGGACGCUGUGGCUCCGUGGGCCGGACCGGGGGGCUGGAACGACCCUGACAUGCUGGUGAUCGGAAACUACGGUCUGAGUCACGACCAGCAGGAGUCGCAGAUGGCGCUGUGGGCCCUGAUGGCGGCGCCGCUCCUCAUGUCCAACGACCUGAGGAGCUUGUGUCCGCGCGCCAAGGCCCUGCUGCAGAACCGACGCGUCAUCGCCAUCAACCAAGACCCCCUGGGCCGGCAGGGGUACCGCACGGCCACGUUGGGCUCAUUCGAGGUGUGGGAGAGGCCUCUCUCGAAUCGCGUCCUGGCCGUCGCCGUGAGAAACAAGCAAGAGAUAGGGGGUCCGCAGAAGCUUCCCAUCGUGAAGGUCCCCGGCUGGAGGACGUGUGAUUCUCGGUGCAACGUCACGCAGAUCCUUCCGCAGUACAAGGAGCUGGGAGUCCAGCGGAAGCGCACUGACCUGGCCGUCGCUGUGAACCCAUCCGGCGUGGUCCUGUUGACCCUUCACCCCAUAUUGGACUAGGAAGCCAGUGUUGCCAAAGCUCACAACCAGCUGAACUACCCUCCAUUAAAGUCAAUUCUGGUUAUUUUUUACCAUCGUCUGAAGUCUAAUACCUUUUGCGGACCACAUCUCAGAAGACCUCUCCUCUGCCCUGAUCACCUCCUACCCGAGUAGCCUGAAGCCGCACCCGUUUUACUCUGGUGGACUUCUACCGCUGCAUCGGUAAUGGCUGAUUACGGUGCCACGUUCACGCAUUGCAAAGGGGUUACGGACCCAUCUUGCGUCCACCUCAAGGGCCUGAUGUGCGCCUCCCAAAAAUGAUAACCUUCCGUCGAGGCGACGUAGCAGCGAGGGCUGCGAUUGGUCGGCUUACUAAAACCCGACCCAGAAACCAUCAAGGUUCACGACUGCGUGGUCAUUACGUAGACGUAGAAAGUCAGCCCUUUAGCGUGACAGUAUUGCAUGUCAACAGCCAUCUUCCCGUAGAGCACUGACAGCUCUCAGUGCUUUGCGGUCAGAGGUUGGUUGAAACACAGUACCUUGACACUAAUCCACCUAUUUGCUAUUAUAUGCACAUGUCGGUGGCCACUCCUUAGAAACUCCAGUCGAUCAGAAUUGUACAACGAACAUGAAGUCUUGUACAAUAAAUUGAAAUGCCCUAAAUACAUUUAUCAGAAACCUUAUCAAAUCCCAGUUGAGAGCCAACUCUUAUUGAACUGAGCCAAAUGAUCUUUAGAUAAAGCAAGAGCUUCAAAACUAAAAUUUUUGGAUUUGAAAGGUAUGAAAUUAAAUGUCCACAACAUCUGAUUUUAGUUUCCAACGUUUUAUUAACAGUGACCAUUUCCACAAGACACAGCCACAGCUUAGAACUGGAUGACCUGGCCCUGGAAGAACAGAAGGAAAGACGAGGUUAAAGGAGCAAUAACGAGCAUGGGAACCCAAAACAUUUACGACCAAGACACAGAAUGUAACCGGGAUGGGUGAUCCAUGCCUAACUAAAGCAGACCCAAGUCUAUAUUAUGUUUGGCAUUUGAUACAAAUCAAGAUUGCAUAAUCCACCAACUCCAAAAAAUUAAAACGUAUUAGGCAGCCCUUUCAAUAUUUUAACAAUGCCCCAUAUUCACCGAAACCCAACUCCUAUAACUGCCUAGAAAAUAAAAACACGUUGGAAUGUUUCCAUUGUUUG